UCUCUCUCUCUCUCUCUCUCUCUCUCUCUCUCUCUCAUCUGAUUUCAAAAUUGGGAUUAAUUCGGUAGCCGAUCUCUGCACAGAACAGACGACAGAGAUAGCAUAGUCAAUAAAUUGUAGACUUCAAUUUGAAAUUACAUCAUCCGGAUCUUGAUUUUUGUUUCUAACUUUUUAAUUUUAUAUGGAAAUGGCUUCAAUUUCUUCCAGCCCUCGUACUGUUGAAGAGAUCUUCAAAGAUUAUAGCGGUCGCCGUGCAGGCAUAGUUCGUGCUUUGACUUAUGAUGUUGAUGAAUUUUAUGGAAUUUGUGACCCAGAAAAAGAGAACUUGUGUCUGUAUGGACAUCCAAAUGAAAGUUGGGAAGUCACUCUUCCUGCAGAGGAAGUUCCUCCGGAGCUCCCUGAGCCAGCUCUCGGAAUAAACUUUGCAAGGGAUGGCAUGAAUCGCAAAGAUUGGCUGUCGCUGGUUGCAGUCCAUAGUGACUGUUGGUUGCUCUCUGUGGCUUUCUAUCUUGGAGCGCGGCUAAAUCGUAAUGAGAGGAAGCGUCUGUUUAGCUUGAUUAACGAGAUGCCCACCGUCUUUGAAGUUGUAUCAGAAAGGAAACCCUUAAAAGAUAAGCCUAGUGCAGCAGAGAGCGGAAGCAAAGCAAAGGGCAGCGUAAAGAGAUCAAGCGAUGGACAGGUCAAAAGUGUCCAAAAGCUAGCAGAUGAGAGUUACGAGGAGGAAGAGGAUGAACAUGGUGACACACAAUGUGGUAGCUGUGGUGGAAAUUACAAUGCUGACGAGUUCUGGAUCGGGUGCGACAUAUGUGAAAGGUGGUACCAUGGAAAAUGCGUAAAGAUUACCCCAGCCAAGGCCGAGAGCAUAAAACAGUACAAAUGCCCUUCUUGCAGCAUGAAAAGAGGUAGGCCAUAGAAACGAUUAUGAGGAAAAAAACAUUAACGGCCGAGAUGCCUAACAGAAAGUAGCGAUGGCCAUGUUACAAACGAAAAAAAAAUGUCUGUAAUGUAUUCUUUUUAUUGUGACUGUUGAUAACAUAUGCCCAAAGGGGUUGAAAUGCACACCUUCAGCCUCUUAAUUGA